AUGAGUCGGUCGUCAAGCACCAAUCACCAUGAAGCGGCAGUGGAGUCUCCGAUGCGUCCGAGCGCUGGGUGGUCCCACGGGUUGCAAUCUACCGCCAGGGCCACGGCCAAAUCGCCGGUUUCCAGACCUUCCCCAUCUUCUGGCAGCCUCAGCAGCUCGAUCCAUCCUUCAAACGGCCUCGUGGACUGUCCACCUUGGUCUAGUCACUCUCUACAUCAACAUAGUCAACAACACUACGCGUUCUCUUCUUUGGCGCCGUUGGAAUGCAUUCCUUCGGUCUCGCCUUACACUCAGUCCUUUGAUACAUUUGCUGCGCAAGAGCCGGAUCUUUGGGCAGAGCCGGAUCUGUCCUUUGCCAAUUCCGACUGGAACUUUUUACCUAUCGCCCACCCGACCUCGUAUCCUUCCGGCUUUGAUGGUGUCCAUGUACCCGUCAAUGACAUGGGAUACGGCGUACUCUCCACCUUUAGUUCGCUUUCGGAUUCGGGAUCCAACGAGCCUCAACCUCUUCCGCCGUCUCUCGUUCCUAGCUCGACUAAUUCAUUAGACGGGCACUCGCAGGCCUCCCCUGUUUCCCAGGUUCCCGGCUCCGUCUCGACAUCUCUAUCAAGCCCUGCCACCUCGCAGGGUGAUGAAACCUUGACGCACGUGGAGUCGUCUCGCGUCGAAAAGCGCAAGCUCAACACACUCGCGGCGCGGAGGUGUCGCCAAAGACGGGUCGAUCAGAUGCAGCGUCUCGCAGAUGAAUUGGAAAGCGUGCGGAGGGAGCGGGAUGAGCUGAGACUUAAGGUCUCGAAAUUGGAAGGUGAAACUGAGGCUCUCAAAGGGCUUCUAAUUCGGAACAAUAAAUGA